AUAACGAAGUUCCACUCAUGCACUCACCACCUCGUUAGACCUGCGUUCUCUAAUGGUCUGUUAUCACAUGAACUGGAAUGGUUGCUACGUCCUUGGUGCAUUCGUCCGCCCUCCACCCUUUUCUCGGUAGGCACGCGUUUCUUGAAAUAUGAUCCCUUGAGCCCUCCCUCCCUCCUUUCCAUCAUCUGUCUAGUCUGCAUUUCCUUUCACCAUGAUCACUCCCGACUCUCGCGUAGUCAUCGUUGGCGCGGGCAUCGUGGGCGCCAAUGUCGCCGACGAGCUUGUCGCGCGCGGAUGGACGAACAUCACAGUCGUCGAGCAAGGGCCUCUACACAUGCCUGGCGGCUCAACCUCCCACGCACCCGGCCUGGUUUUCCAAACCAAUUCUUCGAAAACCAUGACCCUAUUCGCAAGCUACACGGUCGAAAAGCUGCUGUCUCUGCAAAAGGACGGCAAGAAUUGUUUCAACCAGGUCGGGGGAUUGGAGGUUGCUACCACGCCUGCCCGGCUGCACGACUUGAAGCGAAAGCAUGGCUGGGCGACAUCAUGGGGCAUCGAUGCGAGACUUAUCAGCACGGACGAGUGUCUUUCGGCCUAUUCUCUUUUGAACAGGGAAAUGAUUCUAGGCGGGCUACUAAUUCCCUCCGAUGGCCUGGCCCUCGCUGCUCGCGCCGUGCAACUGCUCAUCGAGCGCACACAGGCGGCUGGAGUACGAUAUCUCGACCGAACACGGGUCACAGGCAUCGAACGAACGGCUCACAAAGUUACGGGCGUCGAGACCAGUUCAGGCGUCGUCUCUGCCGACAUCAUCAUCUCAUGUGCCGGGUUCUGGGGCGUUGAGUUAGGCGCUAUGGUCGAUCUGCCGAUUCCCUUGCUCCCCCUGGCGCACCAAUAUGUAAAGACAACUUCAGUUCCGGGCCUGCCGCACGGCUCAAUACUGCAAGGCGGUGCCUCAUCCGACUUGCCUAUUCUUCGAUUCCAAGAUGAAGAUCUGUAUUACCGGACGCAUGGCGAUCAGUUCGGUAUCGGAUAUUACGGCCAUAAGCCUAUGCCUGUCGUGGCUGCAUCCCUAGGAGAGACGGGCGAUGUGGAUGAGCACAACAUGCCAUCUCGCCUGGAAUUCACAGCAGAGGAUUUCCGGCCGGCGUGGAAAGCAUCGCAAGAAUUCCUUCCCUCGCUGCAGCAGACCGACAUCCAAGAUGGAUUCAAUGGCGUCUUUUCCUUCACUCCCGACGGGGGCCCGCUGGUCGGCCAGCACCCAACGCUCGACGGCUUCUGGGUCGCCGAAGCUGUCUGGGUGACACAUUCCGCAGGCGUUGCUCGAGCCCUGGCAGAAGUCCUAACCACCGGACAAUCUCAGAUCGAUUUGACGGAGUGCGAGCUGACCCGUUUCGAGGAGGUGCAGUUGGCGCCGGCCUACGUUAGCGAGACCAGCCAGCAGAACUUUGUGGAAGUCUACGACAUCCUCCAUCCCCUGACUCCUCGAGAGUCUCCUCGUGAUUUGCGGCUCACUCCUUUCCAUACCCGGCAAUGCGACCUGGGCGCUUACUUCCUCGAAGGUGGAGGUUGGGAACGUCCUCAUUGGUACGAGGCGAACGCAAGGCUGCUCAAAGAUCUGCCAGCGAAGUGGAAGCCGGUCGAACGUGACGACUGGACUUCUCAACAUUACUCGCCCAUAGCGGCAGUGGAAGCAUGGCGCACACGGACGGCCGUGGCAAUGUACGACAUCACGCCACUACGUCGCAUCCAGGUAUCUGGGCCCGGCGCCGUUGCAUUGAUGGAGCGAGUCAGCACAGGCACUGUUGGAAGUCCUGGUGAGGUGUGCUACACACUUCUUUUGACAGAUGCUGGAACGAUACGUAGCGAAAUCUUCAUCGCUCGGCUCGAGGUCGAUUUACUUCAGCUGGCCGUCAAUGGACCAAACGACUUUGCCUAUCUGCAGCGUGCUGCGCGCCACCAGUCGCAACGGUCUCCGCAGGAAUGGGUGCAGGUUCGCGACGUAACCGGAGGCACUUGCGGCAUCGGUCUGUGGGGUCCACGUGCUCGCGAUGUGGUGCGAUCCAUCAGCAAAGACGACUUCUCCAGCCGCGGAAUGCGCUAUUCCCAAGUCAAGAAGGCGCAUAUCGCGGGGAUACCAGUGACUGCGAUGCGGUUGUCUUUCGUAGGAGAGCUGGGCUGGGAAAUCUACACCACGGCAGACAAUGGCCUGCGACUAUGGGAUGCCAUCUUCGGCGCCGGGCAGCCGUACGGGCUGAUUGCUGCUGGACGAAUCGCUUUUAGUGCAUUGCGCAUGGAGAAAGGGUGGAGGUCUUACGGAUCCGACAUCAACACGGAGCACGAUGCGCUGGCUGCCGGUAUGGCGUUCGCCAUCAAGCCUGGAAAACAGGGCUAUGUGGGGCAGAGUGCCGUGGAGUCAUCCUCUCGCUCGCCGCGACGUAGACUGCGCUGUUUGGUCAUCGACGACAAGCAAUCCGUGGUGCUGGGGAAAGAGCCGGUCUUUUAUGCUGGACAGGCUGUUGGCUACGUCACCAGUGCCGCCUUUGCGUACACCAUCGGGAAACCAAUCGCAUAUGCGUGGCUUCCAGCCAGCGUUUCGGUGGAUGAGAGCGUAGAGAUUGAGUACUUCAGCCGUCGUAUCCGGGCGACGGUGGCUCGCGAACCAUUGGUCGAUCCGACCAACAGCCGCAUGCUAGAAACGACGACGUGGACACAGCCCCUGGGAAGAAGAGAAGGAGGAGUGCAGGAGCAAAUAUCUCUUGCUCCGCCAUUGGCGAAGCUGUAAUUUGGUGCAUCAGCGGUAUGAAAUCAGCGCGGGC